GGGCGACGGCGCAGGCGUAGCGCAUCACGGGCGGCCUGGCAGCUUGCGGAGUCGAGGCAGACACUUCUUGUCGUCCUUAGGGUUCGUUCGUCGGAACCUGCUUUAAGGGCAUGAGCAGAGGGCAGCACGCCGAGGCCGCAAGUUUUUCGUAGAGAUUGAUGGAAGCAGAAACCAAAACUCUUCCCCUGGAAAACGCAUCCAUCCUUUCAGAGGGCUCUCUACAGGAAGGACACCGAUUAUGGAUUGGCAACCUGGACCCCAAAAUCACAGAAUACCACCUCCUCAAGCUCCUUCAGAAGUUUGGGAAGGUGAAGCAGUUUGAUUUCCUCUUCCACAAGUCAGGUGCUUUGGAAGGACAGCCUCGAGGUUACUGUUUCGUUAACUUUGAAACUAAGCAGGAAGCAGAGCAAGCCAUCCAGUGUCUCAAUGGCAAACUGGCACUGUCUAAGAAGCUGGUGGUACGAUGGGCCCAUGCCCAAAUAAAGAGGUAUGAUCAUAAUAAGAAUGAUAAGAUUCUUCCUAUCAGUCUCGAGCCAUCUUCAAGCACUGAACCCACACAGUCUAACCUAAGGUCUAGUACUUCACAGUGCAACUUCCAGCUCUUCCCCAAAGUCAAAAUGACCGUGAAAGUGUCACUGCAAAGAUAAAAGCCAUUGAAGCAAAGCUGAAAAUGAUGGCAGAAAAUCCUGAUGCAGAAUACCCAGCAGCACCUGUUUACUCCUACUUUAAACCACCAGACAAAAAAAGGACUAACCCUUAUUCUAGAACAGCGUGGAAAUCUCGAAGAUGAUGAUUGUGAAUUACUGUAACAGCAAAAACAAAUUGCUCUCUACACCUGACCUCUUCUGCCUUUGUAUUUUGUAGAUGUGAGUGGUACUACCCGACAGAGCACAAUCACAUGUUAGUUUGGUAACAUAAUGUUUUUGGAUGUUCUUACGAAUGUGUCUUCUCUGAACUAUGUGUGGAAUUGAACAGCAUCCAGAAUAAAUAGAAUUGUGUCCAAAAUUGUGAUUUGAACACUGAGUUGCUCUAGUUGGCUGGUCUGUUUGAAUUUGUAACUCCAAAAACUUUAUAUAAUGUGCCAGAGAGAAAGGCAAAUGUACAAAGUGUUAUUAUUUAAAUGGGAAAGUAAAUUGAUUGACGUCGAUUUUUUAAAAAAUACAGCAUUUUUCUUGCACAUGUCUUUUACAACAUAAAGAAAAAGACAGAAGUGAAAGGCAGAUUUUUAACUGUGUUUAGAACUGCAGUUGGAGAAUUUAUGAUGGAACUCCCUCCAACUGGACUAAAAAAUAGAGUUUUUGGCAAAAGAGAGCUGAUCCUUUGAGCAAAUGUAGUAAUCUGCUUAAGAAUUAUGCUUAUUGUUUCAAAACCCCAAUUAGGAAAACAUGGUGUAUAUCUUAAAUUUGUUUGUGUUGACAAACUGUAGAAUCAAUAUACCAUAACAGAAGUUCUGUUUGACAAUUUAACUUUUAUUCUAUAGUGGUCAUUUUUUAAAAAUCUAGAUAAUCUUGCCUUCUAUAAUAACCAAACGUUGUUACUAACACAAGACUUUUAAAAUUGUACUUACUGCAUGGGCUUGUUUUUAUAGCAUGAGAUUGUUCUAUUUGGAAUUCUAUAAACAAUCUAAAAAAUAGCAAAAUUUCCUUGAAAACUUAAAUAUUGCUACACUGAUCACUAUCCAACUUAUUUACUUUAUAGUAAUCAUGUGGGGAUUUGGUAGAAGUUGAAUGAUUUUGUGCAGAAUGAGAAGAGGAUAUGUACCAGGCACAGAAAGUCAGGUACUACUCUGGCACCUCAUGCUUUCCGUAGUUCAGUGGUGGCAAACCUUUUACAGUGUUCAAUGAUAAAAACAGCUGGGAGUGGCACAUGUGCCAUAGGUUCGCCACUGCUGAUGUAGUUUUAAAACUCUGCAUGCCUUGCAAAAAUGAUCUCCCAUUCAUAGGACAUUCUUCUCCCUACAUAUUUUUGGCACUAUGAACAUUCUAAAUACAACAGUGGAGAGUAGUACAUAAGCUGACAGAUUUGGGCGAGUGUUUCUUCCACAUAGUAUGGGUCAUUUUGGUGCCAAGCUUUGACAGACUGUUUCACUGGGCAGCAUCACUGCUGCUUUAGUAGGUAGAUCACUUUGUUAUUUAUUCCAGGUGCCACUCAGGUGGUUAGACAGUAUUUAUUACUAUCAUUUCUAGCAAGAGGAAGCUUUUAUCAUAGGUAUUUAAGUCUUCCGGCAAGUAUAAAUGUAGUUAAAACACUUGAAUCAAAACUUAAGCAUAGGGGCUGGGGAUUUAGGUCAGUGGUGUAGCACCUACUUGUCAAACGUGAGGUCCUAAGUUCAGUUCCCAGUACCCAAAAAAUAAAAACUUUAGCAUAGUGAGGUUUUAGAAUCCACAGGACUGGUUCCGAGACAUUCUUACCACUUUUCCCAAGGUCAGUCUUUAGCUAUCCAAAUACUCUCUGCUUUUACUAGCUGUGUCUACAAUGCAAGUAACUCUCCUCCCAUUUGUGAGAUAGUUCAGGGAGGUGGGAGUUUGUCUCCCAUUUUUCUGGUGACUUUUUGGAGUGUAGAAUUCACCAUUUUAUACUUAAGUCCUCAAAGGAUUGUGGUGGAAUAGAACUUAAUGCAAAUAGCCUUCUAUUUUUAAUAGGAACUUAGGAAGCACUUAGGACUAUAUUAUAGUGUUGUUUUCUUUAGAAACUAUAACUAUUUAUUUGUAUUUAAAGCAAUGUUUUUUUAUUUGUACCAAUUCUUAUCCCUUCUUAUGAAUAAAUGCAAGACAGUA